AUGGUAGAUGGAGUUCCAGUCGAAAAGUACGGUCUCAAGAUAUUUGGAUUGGACGAGUUCCUCCCCAAGACGUCUGCUCUAGGAAAUAAUUUGUACGUUGGAAAUUGUAUUCUUCAUGGUAAAGAUGUGAAAUUAGAGAUUGGACGAUUCGAGCCGUCCUUUAUUCGCUCAUCAAGCCCACCACCAGCAUGGGAGAAAACGAAGACACAGUUCAAAUUUUCCUCGGUAUUAGACAAGGAAGACAUAGAAAACAUGAUUGUACAUCUGAAAUCUGAAAUGGCUGAAUAUGAACAAGCUUUUCGAUCCACGUCAACACUGAGUGUCUCGGCAUCUUCCAACAAAGUUCGGCAGUGUGUCAAAAUGUUGUGCAAGUUGAUCAAUUCCAUCGAGCCGAUGAGCCUUCAUCAACAUUUGCAAAAUUAUCUAACAGCGACUACAACUGACCAACUAAAUUAUGCUCGAAACGAUUUCAUUGCUUCGCUGCACAAUUUUAUUAUGGUUUACUGCCAAUGCACACUGAGUUAUUACAAGUUAGCUCCGCUUAGACCAUUCAACAAGCAGAAGAAGGAGAUCCUACACUGUAAAGAGAAACUUGCGGUGAAGGUGGAUUCAGUGCACAAUUUGGUAGAGAUGUGGACGAGAGAAUACUCAGCCUUCUUCGUUACGGUGAAUGUGUAUUAUGGAACGCAAGUUUUAGCCGGUCAUAGUAAAUGUAUUUCGAAGACAGUGAAAUAUGAUGCCUUCUUUCCCUACAUUCCUAUCAAUGUCUACGCGUGUUUCGAGGAUAUGUUGUGUACUUGCCCAAGGGAAACGAAGAUCAUGUUUAUAUUG